AUGAAAUUCGUCAUCCUUUGCGCCCUCAUCGCUGUGGCUUCGGCCCACUACCUCCCAUCCUACCACCAGGGAGGCCACUUCGGCGGCAAGGCCGCCUUUAAGGGCGACAUCUACUUCGACGGCUGCUACGAGACAACCUGCCACAAAGACGGUUUUGACGGCUACGGCUGCAAUGCUGGCCGCUGUGCCUACAUUUGUCACCCCAAGGGCUGCUACGAAUCCCACGCCUACUCGCAGGCCAGUGGUGAGAGCUGGGGCGAACAGGAGGGCUACGGGAAACGUUUCGAGAAGGGUGGCUCCAAGGGCCAGAGUCAGUACAAGGGUCACGUCCAGUUCAGCGGUCGCGUAGACUUCUCUGGCUGCAGCUCGGAACACUGCCACAGCGGUGAAUACGAGGGCUACGACUGCCAUGACGGACACUGCGCUACAGUCUGCAAGGGCAGCGAAUGCCACGAAGAGAAGGAGUAUGGAUACGGCCAUGGCUACGGCUAUUGA